UGCAAUGUCCAUGUGCUGCGAGAGCGACCUCGUGUGGCUGAUGAGUGGAAGGUCCUGGGCCGGAUCAUGACUGUGACGCUGGAGCUGGAGAUGUUCAGUGUGACGUCUGUACUGGAAGAAAAUACAAAGCGUUCAAGUCCUGUCUGGUGUGUCUGAACUCUUACUGUCAGAAUCACCUCGAACAACAUGAGAGUUGGUUUAAAGGAAAGAGACAAAGUUUGACUGAUGCCACUGGACGACUGCAGGAGAUGAUCUGCCAGAAACAUGACAAGAUCCUUGAGGUUUUCUGUCGCACUGACCAGAAAUGUAUAUGUGUGCUGUGCAUGAUGGAUGAACAUAAAAACCACGACACUGUAUCAGCUGCAGCACAGAGGACAGAGAAACAGAAGCAGCUGAAGGAGACGCAGAAGACGUUCCAGCAGAGAAUCCAGCAGAGAGAGAAAGAUCUCCAGCAGCUGAGAGAGGCUGUGGAGUCUCAGAAGCCCUCUGCACAGACAGCAGUGGAGGACAGUGAGAGGAUCUUUACUGAGCUCAUCCGCUCCAUUGAGAGAAGCAGCUCUGAGCUGAUACGGCUGAUCAGAGAUCAGGAAAAGCAAGCAGUGAGUCGAGCUGAAGGACGACUGGAGCGACUGGAGCAGGAGAUCAAUGAUCUGAGGAGGAGAGAUGCUGAGCUGGAGCAGCUUUCACACACACAGGAUCACAUCCAGUUCCUGCAGAGCCCUGGUUUCCAGUCUCUCUCAGCACCUCCUGAAUCUACAGACGUAAACGAUGAUCUCUUGAGUUCUCUCGUCUCUUCUGAUGCUCUGAGAGAAUCUGUCCGUCAGCUGAGAGACAAACUGGAGGAUUUCUGCAAAGAGGAGCUCAAGAAGAUCUCAGACAGAGCCACAGUCACCGACAUUGUUCCCAGAACCAGGAAAGACUUCCUACGAUAUUCCCAUCAGCUCACUCCGGAUCUGAACACAGCACAUAAACGCCUCCAUCUGUCUGAGAACAACAGAAAGAUUACUCAAACUGCUGGAAAAAAGCAGCAGUAUCCUGGUCAUCCAGACAGAUUUGAUGUGUUUCGUCAGGUGUUGUGUAGAGAGAGUGUGUGUGGACGCUGUUACUGGGAGCUGGAGUGGAGAGGAGAUAAUGGUGUGCGUAUAUCAGUGUCAUAUAAGAGCAUCAGCAGGAAGGGAUGGGGUAAAAAGUGUGUGUUUGGACAUAAUGAUCAGUCCUGGAGUUUGUUCUGCACUCCCUCCAGAUACUCAUUCAUACACAAUAAUAGAAAGACUGAUCUCCCUGUGAAGUCCAUCAGCAGGAGAAUAGGAGUGUUUGUGGAUCACGGUGCAGGAACUCUAUCCUUCUACAGCGUCUCUGACACAAUGAGCCUCAUCCACACAGUCCAGACCACAUUCACUCAGCCGCUCUAUCCUGGGUUUAAUGUUCAUAAAGGAUCAUCAGUGAAACUGUGUUGAUGAAUCAGAAUAGAUUGACAAGAGAUUCUACUUAUAAUGCUUUGAGCUGAAUGAAUCAGUAACAGUGAGAUGUUGUGGAGUCUUCUUUUCUCUUCAUGACAUUAAACUGAACUUCAGUCAGUGAAAUAACAUGUCAGAAUAUAUGUGUG